AUGGAUAACUCCCCUAAAAUGGACAGUUCCAGUCCUCCAGACAACGGAAAACGUGAGAGCUUGCAAAUAGCAGGCAAGCAGCCGCUUGAUCUAAUAGACGUGGUCAAUGAUUUACAAAACAAACUAGCUUUAGGUGGCCAUACCUUGGAUAUAGCACUCCCGCAAAUUGUUGUUGUUGGCUGUCAGAGUGCAGGAAAAAGCAGCGUUUUAGAGAGCUUCGUUGGAAGAGAAUUCCUCCCACGUGGGAGUGACGUAGUGACAAGAAGACCAACAGUUGUACAACUUCACCCAUCAACCGGAGAAGAGUAUGGCAUAUUUUUGCACAAAGAAAAGGAAAAGUUUACAGAUUUUGCAAAAAUUAAAAAGGAGAUUUUAGAUGAAACAAAUCGCAAACCCGGACCAAUUGGAUUUUCUCCCGAUCCAAUAUCUCUCAAGAUAUUUUCUCCCAAGGUAUUGAAAUUGACUGUGGUUGAUUUACCUGGUCUGAUUAGAAAUGCUGUGACAGGUCAGCCAGAAGACAGCAUGCAAAUAGUUCGAGAAAUGGUACUGAGCUACAUCAGGCAACCUCAAACUCUUAUUCUGGCAGUGUCACCUGCCAAUCAAGAUAUAGCCAAUUCUGAUGCUCUUAACAUUGCGAGAAUUGCUGAUCCUGACAGAGAAAGGACUAUUGGUGUAUUGACAAAAUUAGAUUUGAUGGAUGAAGGGACGAAUGCGAGAGAAGUGCUUGAGAACAAAAAAAUUCCGUUGAAAAGAGGAUAUGUUGGUGUUUUGAACAGAAGUCAAAAGGACAUUGAUGCAGGACGAGAUAUACAGUAUAUCUUAAGAAAGGAGAAAGAAUUCUUUACCUCAAGAGACUGUUAUAGACACAUUGCCCAUCGAAUGGGAACGCUAAAUCUCCAAAUUUUGCUUCAAAAGAUGCUCAGGUCUCAUAUCAAAGUUUGCUUGCCGAAUGUUCGCACCGAUAUAUCGCAGAAACUGAGUGCCUACAAGAAGGAGCUUAAGGAGUUUGAGAAAGUCUUGGGAAACGUCCCAAAUGGAAAGCAGUUUUAUUUAAUCAAAUUAAUUCAAAACUUUAUUGAUGAUUUGAACGUUAAAAUGAUGGGUUAUUCUGAAGGUAUUAACAUGCGCGUGCUUACUGCCGGAGCUCAAAUUCAUUUUAUACUCUACACGAGAGUGCAGGAAAAACUGGAAUUGUCUUUGAUACCAGACGAGGAAGAGCUAACCAUUCUUGUUGCCAACUUAUGCGGUGUCAGAAACUCUAUAUCAGUGCCAUCACUUGCUCUGGAUGCUAUGAAUGGAAAAUUACUUGAAUUUUACAAAGAGCCUCUUGAAGAAUCUGUUAAUUGCGUGAUGGAUGUUUUAAUCACUGCUGUCGAAGAAUCAGCAAAAUUGCUCAAUUCUUACCCCACUUUGAAAAAUGAAGUCUUGUUCAGAAUCCACUCCUUUAUUAAGCAAGAAACAGAGAAAACCCAAAAUCGACUAAAAGAGCAUAUUGAUGCUGAAAUGUUCUAUUCAAACAUUGCUCAUCCAGACUUCAAGUCCGAAGACUAUGAUACUACUGUCCCUUCUGUGGGACUCAUGAAAGUUUGGAACUCAGAAGAUACUGUGGAUGACACUGCGUUUUAUGACGCGAAACAGGGUGAGGUCAAAGCUGAUGACGUCGAGAUUCCACCGAAGAGUACAACUGAAGAAGGUGCUUCUGAAGCUAGCGAUUCAAACAAAGACGAUAUUGUGCAGUUACUGAGAAACCUGAAGGCAAGUCCUCGAUUCCAACACGAUGUUGCCUACGUGAAAGGUCUGGUAAUGAAAUAUCUUAAAAUAAUCCACAAGCAAGUGGGAGAUACUACAAUCAAGUAUAUUGCUUAUUUUCUCAUUCACAAAGUGAUGGAGUUCACGAGAAAAGAUCUUAUUCCAACACUUGUUGAAUCUGCUAACAUUCUUCACUGGGAAGUUCAAAAAGUCAACUUGGGAGGCAUGGAUGAUAUUCAAAGAAGCAACUGUGUUUAUUUAUUUCGCAACCUGAAAGCAAACAAUGGGCCACAAGGACCAGCUGCGAAGGUCUGA